AUGACGCAGCAGCCCCAGGAGGCCUUCGACAGGAGUGUGGAGGAGGCGCAGGUGUGGAUGGAGGCCGUGCAAGAACGUCUGCAUGUCAAUGACAACACACAAGGGCCCCGCACCGCCCUGGAGGCCCGGCUCCGGGAGACAGAGAAAAUAUGCCAGCUGGAGCCGGAGGGCCGUGUGAAGGUAGAGCUAGUGCUGUGUGCAGCCGAAACCCUCCUGGCUUGCUGCCUGGAAGACCAGAAACCCAAGAUCCUGGGCCGGCUGAAGGACAUUAAGGCCCAGUGGGAGGAGACAGCCACCUACAUGACUCACUGUCACAGUCGCAUUGAGUGGGUGUGGCUGCACUGGAGUGAAUACCUCCUGGCCCGAGAUGAGUUCUACCGCUGGUUCCAGAAGAUGCUGGUGACCCUGGAGCCCCAUGUGGAGCUACAGCUGGGCCUGAAGGAGAAGCAGUGGCAGCUAAGCCAUGCCCAGGUGCUCCUGCACAACGUGGACAACCAGGCUGUCCUCCUGGACCGGCUCCUGGAGGAGGCGGCUGCCCUGUUCAACAGGAUUGGAGACCCCAGUGUGGACGAAGAUGCCCAGAAGAGGAUGAAGGCUGAGUACGACGCCGUGAAGGUCAAAGCCCAGGACCGGGUGGACCUACUGCAGGAGGUGGCCCAGAAGCACGCGAAGUACCAGGCGGGCGUGGACGACUUCCAGCUGUGGUUACGGGCUCUGGUGGAGAAGGUGGAUGGCUGCCUGGGGCGGACCUGCAAGAUGCCCAACCAGCAACGCCUCUCCACCCUGCAGGACAUUGCCAAAGAGUUUCCCAGGGGUGAGGGGUCCUUGAAGAAGCUGGAGGAACAGUCCUUGGGGGUCAUCCAGAAUACCUCUCCUUUGGGUGCGGAGAAGAUCACUGCAGAGCUGGAGGAGCUGCGGAAAGUUCUGGAGAAGCUGCGAGGCCUCUGUGGGGAGGAAGAGGAGAGGCUGCGGAACGCUCUGGAAUCCAAGCAUGCCCACGAAUGGCAGAUCAGGCAACUGGAGGCCAAUCUCGGAGAGUUCCGGAAGGGGCUCCAGAGGCUGGCCGAGGGUCUGCAGCCUGAAGUGGAGGCGGGAAGUGAGGAUGAGCUGAUGGCCCGUUGGAGACUCUACUCGGCGACGCGGGCGGCGCUGACUGCGGAGGAGCCCCGGGUGGACUGGCUGCAGGUUCAGCUGAAGGACCUUCUCGUCUUCUCUGAGGACCUACAGCCUCUCUCCAGCAGUGUGGUCGCUGCCCUGCAGGAGUAUCAGAGCAUGAAGGCGCAGAGCACCAGGCUGCGCAACGCAGCGGCCGUGGGGCUCUGGCAGCGCUUCCAGCGACCCCUGCAGGACCUGGAGCUGUGGAGGGCUCUGGCCCAGAAGCUCCUGGAUAUCACAGCCAGCCUGCCGGACCUGCCUUCCAUCCACACCUUCCUGCCCCAGAUCGAGGCAGCCCUGGCAGAGAGCUCCCGCCUGAAGGGGCAGCUGGCCGUGCUGCAGCUGAAGACAGAUCUGCUGAGCAGCAUCCUGGGCCAGGAACGAGCCACAGGCUUCCUGGAGCAGGCGGCAAACUCCAUGAGGACCCGAGACCUGCUACAUAACAGCCUCCUACAGCGGAAGAGCAAGCUCCAGAGCCUGGUCUCACAGCACAGGGAUUUCGCAGCGGCUUUCGAGUUCCUGCAGAAGAAGCUCUUGACCCUCCAAGCCAGGCUCCAAGCUGAGCACGUGCUGCAGCGGGAUCUACCUGAUAAACAAGCCCAGCUCUCCAGGCUGCAGGGGCUGCAAGAAGAGGUCCUGGAUUUGGGGGUGCAGAUGGAGGCAGCCAGACCUCUGAUUCAGGGGAACUCCAACCACCAGCACACAAUGGACCAGCUCUUCUCCAACUUUCAGUCUCUGCACAGGUCUCUGGAGGACCUGGUGGAGCAGAACCAGCAGGGCGUGCGGGAUCACGUCACCUUCAACCAUGAACUGCUGGAGUUUCGGCAGUGGGUCUCCAUGCUCACCCACAAGUUGGAGGCCCACCAGGGCAAUGCCAGCCCCUGGGGGGCGGAAGCCCGAGAGGCUGAGGUCGAGAAGCUGGUGGCUGAACUACCGGAGAAGGAAGGCCAGCUGCCUCUGAUCGAAGCCCACGGCCGACUGGUGAUGGAGAAAUCUUCUCCAGAGGGGGCUGCUAUGGUCCAGGAACAGCUGGACGAGUUGACCGAGUCGUGGAGGGGCCUGAGGCUGCUGACGGAGCGCUUGCUAAGCCUCAUCAGAAGCUGGAAGCUGGAAGGGACAGAAGUGGACCCCGGGAAGAAACCUGUGUUCACCAACAACAUCCCAAAGUCGGGGUUUCUCAUCAACCCUCUGCACCCCAUUCCCCGGCGUCGUUACCAGGUGAAUCUUCCCCAGGAAGAAGGAGAUGGCCAGGAAGACUUCUCCCAACUCCUAAGGAACUUCGAACAGUGGCUGCAGGUAGAAAAUUCAAAGCUGGUUCGAAUAAUCGCCACGAAGACCACCACAGCCCAGGACUUAAGGGCCAGGGACCUGAAGCUGCAGGAGCUAGAGUCACGUGUUCCCGAAGGACAACGACUCUUUGAGAACCUGCUUCAUCUCGGGCCAGCAAGGGGGGCCUCGGACGAGCUGGAGGACCUGCGCUACCGAUGGAUGCUGUACAAGUCCAAGCUCAAGGACUCCAGCCUCCUACUGACGCAGAGUUCUCCUGGGGAACGGACUGGUUUCCGAAAGACACAGCGAGGACUCCGCUCCCUCUUCCGGAAGGUGUGUUGUGUAGCGCUCCCCCUGCAGCUGUUGUUGCUACUGCUGUUGCUCCUGCUCUUCCUGCUUCCUGUAGGGGAAGAGACCCGCAGCUGCACGCUGGCCAACAACUUUGCCCGCUCCUUCAAGCUCAUGCUCCGCUACGAGGGGCCUCCGCCUACCUAG